AUGCUGGCCACUCUCUACAACAUCACCGCAAUUCUAUUGCUAACCUAUGCAGGUAAUUGCUUGAAGUUUAUUUUCAAUAGAUUUUUAGGAAUUUUUGAAAAUAUUAAUGAGUUUUCCAAGGGUUUCUUUGAUAAUGUGGGAAAAAUACUAUUGGAAAAGGCUGAAGUGGCUUUCAUAGGGUUUUGAGUUUCUAGUUAUUCUAAUUCCUUCGCGCGCGGCUUUUUCGCGUCCCAAGCUGGCCGUGAAUCGUCUAUAUUGGCUUUUAAUCGAUAAAGUAAAGUUUAAAUCAGUUUCUACACAGUUCCUUUACAACAGCUUUUCUGAGAUUCCCAAAUUCAAGAUAAGUCGAGAGAUUGAAACUUCAAAAAACUUUUGGCGCAAAAAAUGCGUUUUUGAACAUACCCCUUUGUGAAUGGACUAUGAAAACGUUGCUGUUCCUAAAUGAUAUUCCUUCAAUUUUUCCCACAAAGUUUACCUUCUUCCCUCCGUAACAGAAUAUCCGUUCCGUCGCCUUCUCUCCGGCGUUCGAAACAAAAAGCCAAUCAAAAAAGGAGAAGGAGGAAAAAGCCGCGCGCGAAGGAAUUAGCGUUAUUUUGUCUGGGCGGCUCUGGGAAAAACAGCAAAAAAAAGAAAUUCGUUGAAGAUACAUUUCACUUGGGAAGGAAGGAACGGGUAGGAAAACAACACAAGCCAAAAAAUGCCUUUCCAACUCUUAUCGCCUUCUAAUUGUUCCCUUGAGAAUAGUUAAAAAGUUGAAAAUGGGCUCGUUGGGAAAUUUAUAACGUACAAGAGUAAUGUAUUCCGUGCUGACUGAGUUUCUGCGUCGUAGUCUCUUUUAGUACGCAAUCGAUGAUCCUUUGAAUUACUUCUCUGUUUUUACUUCAUAAUGAACUUUAUAAUUUUUACUUCCCUUAAAGUUUAAUUUUUACUCGGUAUUCAAAAUCAAUUUUUGAGAGUUACUUGAAAGAGGUCCAGGUUCUGAAUGAAAAAUAUUCCAAUUUCGAAGCCUAAAAAAUCCGUAAACCCACGGUCCUAGAAAUCCUGUUCACUAGACGAUUUUAAGUGACCACUUGAGAGUUAGGAGACGAAAAAAAUGGGCAAAUGAUCUUUUUUUUUUACUCAAUAUACUUUUUCAAAUUUAUAAGAAGUACACGAUAGUCUCCAGUUGUUUCUUUGUAGUUCAGAUGUCUGAAAAUGACACCAGAAAAACUUCUGAAUGUAGCAUUUUCCACAAAAAUUCCCUCAAAAAAGGCUGGAAAUCAUCGAGAAUGGGAAGUUCUGGUCAAUAUAUUCAAAUUUCUCCUCUUUCGAGCAGCUGGGCCAAACUGGCAAAGAACGAAAAACUCGACGCACUCUUGCGCACUAACACAAUUCCAAGUAAGUACCUUUAGCCGUCGAGACAAGAAAAAUCGUUGGUCCAAAAAAAGGAAAGUUCCCCGAGGAAAAUUUUCACAUUUUUUGGAAAAACAAAACGCCUUAUUGGGAAAACUUUUAGUGCCUACUAUAGAGGUUCGCCAAGGACUACUUGGAGAGGACGCUAAAGAGGCCACUAAAACCACCUUUAUAGAGGCCACUAUUUGUUCAUUAGUGGUAACUUUAGUAGUCUUAGUCCUUCAGUAGUACCUCUUAGAACGCUAUAGUGGCCACUAAUUAUUAAACCCUAAAGUGGCCGCUAAUUUGACUACUAUAGUGGCCACUAAAACGUCAAAUCCCUAUAGAGGCCACUAAAAUAUUUCCCAGUGAUUUUCAAUCUGAUGAGCAAAGCACUGGGCAUGACAAACAUCUUCAAAAUCGUUGCUUUUAAUGCGUCCGACCCAAAACGACUUCCGUAAAUCGGCAUUCUGCCUCUUGAAUGUCAAUAAAAUAUAUCGCAAUGCUUUGAGCCAUUCCAAAUGCGGCAGGGCAAAUCCUUUUUAUUCGAAAGGAGUGAUAUUUCCGGAAUAGAUUUUUUUCUUGAAGACGACUCAUUUUUCUUCGCCUGACAUACAUUCCGAUAUUUUUUAUCUAGCCCAAACCGAGACUUCCUUUUCGAAACGCAUCGAAUCUCGAAAAGAGAGACACUUUCGAGAUGUUUUUUUUUGCCCAGCCAAAGUGAUGUGUGAUGGCAUUCGACAAGCCGAUCUCAAAAUCUCAGAAACUGAACGAAAAGCUUCGAUUUCUUUUUUCUCCAGGCGGGCGCCCUUUGGGACGUGGCCUUGCAAGCUUUCGCCGUUCGUCGAGUUCAUAGAGUAAAAAAAAAAGAAUUUAAAAAUAUUCUCAAAAUAAAAAAAGAAAACUGAGAAGGCUAGAAAACUAUAAAGACAAAUAUGAAUGCCCUAGUUUUUCGUCCUGUUAGCACAGGUUUCCGGCUGAAAGACAGCCGUAAAAAGAAUAUACUAUGAAAUGAUUACGUUACGCACUUUCACGUUAUUAAAUCUAAGCAAGUUUCUAAAAAUCUGUGGAGAACUUUUUUUUUAGCUUCAGAGCGCACUUUCUCAAAAAAAAAAAAGCCGAUGCUAAUUCUUCUAUUGACAACCGUAAAAUGAUACAGGAAAUUAGUUUCACCACCGUCGACUGAGAACCUUGAAUAGAGAAUCAUAAAUUGCAUUCUAAGACAUCCCAUGGAACAUUAAUUUCCAGAUGCAGACGAUAGUGUGAUGCGGUUGUACAGAACGAUCCUCAAGGACUACAACAACGAGAUCCGGCCAGCAGUUCAUCCAUCGGCUCCGAUAAACGUCACCUUUGUCUUCUCUCUGACUCAAAUUAUCGAUGUGGUGGGUUCAUUUAUCGGAAAUUUCCCCGCUAGACGAAAUUUCCAACCAUUCACCAUGCAGAAACUAACUGAUAGGCCCAAAUUUUUCCAGGACGAAAAAAACCAAGUUCUCACGACCAACGCUUGGGUCCGACUACACUGGGUCGAUUACAAGCUCGUCUGGGAUCCGCGUCUUUACGGAAACGUCACUCGACUACACAUUCCUAGCGAGAAAAUCUGGAAGCCCGACAUCAUUCUUUACAACAAGUUUGACCUUUCUUCAAAGAGUGAACUUCAGAAAGCACAAAAACCCUAGAAUCGAGAAUUUCUCUUUGUUCUCUUGAACGCUUGGUCAAAAAAAUCUCUGAAAAAUAGCCAAAUUUGGUGAUAAUCUUCCAAUAUUGUUUCCCAAUAACUACCCCUUCUUUCUCAAAUUGUUUCAUCAAGUGACCACUUCAGUGCCGAUGCUCAAUACAUGAAAUCCGUCAUGUCGACGGAUGUGAUCGUCGACUAUCUAGGCAACAUACGAUGGCCACUAUCCGCCAUUUUUACGUGAGUUUUUCGUGAAAAAAAAAUAGUGAUGGGUAUUCCAGAUCUUCCUGUCCUCUAGACGUCAAGCACUACCCUUUCGACCGCCAAACGUGCCUUUUGAAGUACGCCAGCUGGGCCUACGAUGGCACCAAAAUCAACCUCGUGUUGACCUCGGAGAAAGGUUCGAACUUCGCAUUAAUGAUGAUGGACCAUAUUCGACCUCUUCUUGGUAGAGCUUCAAAGUUCGAGAAGAAGCCCAUUUAAAAACAGCUCAAUACAAAAAAUGCCAAUGUCUUGAAGUAUUUUAGUCUCCUACAGCUUGGUUAAGCCAAUCCAAAACUAGAAAAACUUCUUAUUUUUAAGUUAAUCCAGCUCAAAAGCCAAUAGGUUCCCUGCGAAGAUAAGUAUGCUACAAGGGCAAACCUACUUCAAGCUUAGUCAAGUAAAAACUGUGACCUAGGAGUUGAACUAGCUCAUCCGAAGUUUGUACAGCUCACAAGCCAAGUUGGAACCAAAGUUUUUCCGAAACUCUUUAAAGUUAGUCCAGCGAAACUCAUCAAACUUCCAGGCGACGACAGCAACUACAUAACCAACACGGAGUGGAGUCUGAUAGAUAUUCGCGUCGAGAAGAACGAGGUCAUCUACAGCUGCUGUCCAGAACCCUACCCCUUCAUCGACGUCCAUGUCACCAUCGAACGUCGCGCCAUGUUCUACGUUUGUUUCUAACCUCCUCCAGCUCCAACUUUCCUCUUUAGGUCUUCAAUCUCAUCCUGCCCUGCGUGCUGAUCAGCUUGAUCGCAUUGAUGGGCUUCUACAUGCCGACAGAUUCUGGGGAGAAGGUCACUCUAGGGAUCACUUCAUUGCUUUCGACCACUGUCUUUCUGAUGUUAGUAGCCGAGGGGAUGCCGCCAACCUCAGAAGCUUUACCUUUGAUCGGUUGGUUUAAGCCUUUUCCGACCUUGAAAAAAUAAAAGCCAUGCUCCGCCUUCGAUUAUUUUCGGAUUAUCUUUAAAAGCGGAGUGUACUCGGACGUUUCCGAGCUUUUUUAGUGAACAAUAGUACUAAAGGGAUCACUAUAAAAGCUGAGAAACGUCCGUAGUGCGUCCGUUUUGCGUUAUUGAGAGUCUCUUCAAUAGUGUAGUAUUGCUGAGACGUUGAAAAGCGCAAAAGUAGUCCGAUUUCGCGUAAAAAAUUUUUUCUGAAACUAUUAAAGGCGCCUGGCUUAAAAGAUUUUGCAUAACUUAAAAUCGUAUGCUUCUUUAAAAACCACAAAGACAACUUAAAGGCGCGAGUAGUUUCAAUAUUAAGAAGUUCUCUUUUUUAAAUAAACUUUUUAGGAAUCUACUAUGGCGUUACAAUUAUGCUGGUAGCUUUGGGAACCGCUAUGACAGUUUUCACGGUUAGUUCACAAAUCAAUUCGUGAUUAAUUACCCAAAACUUUAGGUGAAUAUCCAUCACAACGGUGUACACGGUAAUCCUGUGCCGCCGUUGCUUCAAAUUUUCGCCUUUCGGUUUCUGUCAAAAGUUUUGUUCGUCCACAUUGAGCCAUUCCAUUCGAUAACACAUCACGUUCGCCACAUGUACGAGGUGAGUCGAAAUGUCCCUCGGAAUAUAUUUGACAGAAAGAAAAGCUUAAGUAGCACUGAGAGAAUUUUUUAGCUCCAGAAGCAGUAAAAAUUUGUCAAUGACAACUUCUCGCCUCUGAAAAAACUUAUCUAAAAACAAAAAACCGUGCUUUGAAAAAGAAAAUUAAGUUACUUGUCCAAUUUUCCGUACUUUUCCGUCGGAAACAAAAAAUUUUCGACUGUGGAAUUUGUAACUCAAAAUUUAAACUCCUCGUAAACUGGAGAAUCACAAGGUUUGAAAACUUCUAAUCGAAAAUUACUGUUUUUCAAUCCGAUAGGAGCGUAAGCCAGUUAAAAGUGAAGUCCGAGCUCUCAACAAGAAAAUCAGGACAAAAUUUCCAAGUCUACUUCAGUCCCUUUUCUAUCGUUAACCUAUUCAAGUCGAAGUCCAACUCACAGAAGGAGAACCCUCACGAGCGUCGUCGCUCGAGCAGCUACCAACUGAAGCCAACGCAAGAACUUCCACUGGAGACAAGCCCCUCGACGACCGCCCUGUGUCAAGUUCAUCGACGACUCAUCGAGCAGGAGAACAACAACGAGGACGACGAGGACACUCAAAGUCCGUCUUCUCCAAGGAGUCACUCGGUUCCAGACAAGUCGACGCCGGUCCAAGGGCGAAAAACACGCUUUUCACUAUCCACAGGGAUUGGAACACCGCCUCGGGUCAAAAAGGUAGAUUUUUCGUAAAUUUGGCGAAAUAGAGUUGAGAAGCUUUUAGGGACCACUUUAGUUGAUUUAGUUAAGGUAAAUAUUCUUGAGGCUGUUGUGCUUGAUGGAAACAACGAGCAUUUUAUUUUUCAAAAUCUGAUUUUCCGCAUGGAGAUCAGAGUACGGCCGAAUCAGUUCAAGCAUUUCAAAAAUAAAGAGUGUUACAGAACGAAUUUUCACAUAUAGUUUCAAUGAUGAAGCUUCAGAAAAGAAGGAAAAAUUGAAUAAUCAAUUACAGGGUCAAGUAGGCGUUAAGGCUGCGAAUCGAAUCAAGAACUUUGACGUAAUUCUUCUUAUUUUUGCUUGUUAAUUUUCAAAACUGAAGGUUCAGGAGGUUAAUAAUUCAACCAGUCAUUUCAAACUCCUCUGAGCCUUCAAAAGAAAAUGCUAUCGCUUUCUUUCAAGCUUCAAAUUUUACAGCAAGAUUUUCGAAAAUUCCUCUCACUUCCUAAGCCUUUCGCAGCUAUCGCUUGCACCCAAAUGCUUUCCUGCUUCUCUAAUUUCUCUUUUCUCAAAAAAAUGAAGUCAAUAUCUUAAAAUGCCUUUCAGGUGUCCUUUUCCACCACGACACGCAACGAUUCGAUGGAUUCGCCAAUUUAUGGCAGGAAGUUCGGGCAAACUCAGUGGGUUUUUCGAAGAUUUAAAGAUCUAAAUAUCUUUUCCGAGGAGACUAGAAGGAAAAAUGAGAUGAUUACUGCCUAGAAGCAAUUUUCACCGGUUAGAGAAAGGGGGAAGAAGUUUCAAAAGCACAGAAAAGAUCGGAAAAAUACGUAAAGUAGUCAUGAUCUCUCAAGAAAGCUUCUCGGUUUCUGAACCAUCUUUGGAAGGAAAAAUACAAGUUUUUCUCAAUUUCAAUGUCGCGUCUCAAGAUGAAACUCCAAAUUCGGUAGAAACUUGGAAAAGUUCUAUGCUUCAUUCGCCACCGUCUGACAUCUCUGCGCUCUCUUUUUGAGAGGUCGUGGAGAAUAGAGCACACUGAAGUGACCACUGAAUGAAGCCUCAAAUUAGUAGGUUGAAGUCAAAAAGGAAUGCAUCAUUUUUCCAUAAGAUCAUAAGAUUUUUCCAUAUUUCUUUACUUAGAUUUUUUUCUGGAUUUUUUUUUCAUUUCAACUGUCUUUCUAUCUAUUUUUCGUGUUUCUUUAAAUAAAAAAACUAACUUCCAGGGAGCCGGAACUGCCGAAGUCGCCAGCUCGACUGGUUGGGGACGUCUUCGAGGAGGAGUUCCUUCGGGUGAUGGCUCAGGUCCACGCCGUCAUCGAACGCAACGAGAUGCGGGUCGCCGAACGCGACAAACGCGACGCCAUUGCUCUCGAGUGGCAGCAGGUCGGCAAGAAGUCUGAAAAGGGAAAAUUGAGAAAAAACUGUUAUUGUCAGCUCGACACAGCUUCCUAAAUUGUUGAAAGGCGAAAAAAAAACUUCAUGGCUAAAAUUGUCACUAAAACAAAUAUUCUCACUCAGUUAACUUUCCGAAUGCAGCCGUCGCUUUUAAAAACACGCUUCGGACGUUUCUGAGCAAUUCUAGGAAAUCACAUCCUUCUAAAAUUCCAAAAAGGAGAAACUUCUCAACACAAUAAUCGCGACUAGAGCACAUAUCUAAAAUUUGGCGUCCGUACUUUUAAAUCAACAGUGAGGAUAAGUUAUUUUUGUAAAGGAUUUUAUUUUAUUUCAUUUUCCGAGAAGCUCGGCUAAAAAAGCCAUAAGAGUGAGGUCAUACUUUUUUUCUUGAAAAUUUUUGAUUUUUCGAUAAAAACUCGGACGUCGGUAACGCAAACCGGACGCUCCCCGGACGUUUUUUGAGCAGUUCUAGGGAUCACUUAAGAGUUCUGACGUUACUGAAAUGGUCUCUGAAAAUGCUCCUACACGUCCGGGACGUGUCCGGUUCGCGGUGCCAAGGUGCGAUAUCGAAAAAAAAAAAAUCAAGAAUCUUUCCAAGAAAGGGAGAAAGGCCUCACUGUUCUGGAUAUGUGAUAUGUUAAAAAGAUAUCAAUUGGAAAUUCCUGAAUUCUUGAAAAAAACCAGAAAAAAAAUCUUUCACCUUUUCGUUUGACCUUUGGGAGAUGUUUCGCGACAUAUGACUUAGAAUAAGAUUUAUUUAUUAUUCUAUAUUUUCCUUUAAGAUGCGUACUCUUCAAAUGUUUCAGGUAGCAAUGGUCCUGGACCGAUUCCUCCUGCUCGUCUUCUUAAUAGGCACCACGACGGCGACAUUUUUGAUAUUAAACCAACGUCAAAUUUUCGAGGACUAA